AUGUCAGAAGCAAUUUCCGAACCCGAGCAACCAAAGAAAGUUUCAAUAAAAAGUUUGCCUAAAGGGACAUACUUUCUGCUAGCUCAAACGUUUCCUGUAACCUUAGGGAUGUUCAGCGCCCAAUCAAUAUACUCGCUUUACAUAAGAAACAAACUUGGAUUUGGCACAGAUACUACAGUCGCAAUAAUCCACGGAACUAAAACUAUAAUAUCCGUAUUCUUCCCAAUCGGAGCACUGAUUUCGAGCAGUUUUGCAAAUAGAUUCAUAAUUUUAGUAUUUGGUGAUGUGUGGCAAACAACAGCAAGGUCAUUGUUGUUUAUAGGUUCAUUUCCACCUAUGAAAAAUUAUGCCAGACAAUUCACAUACGCUUUUUGGGCCCUACACUCCUGCGGCAUGAUCAUAAUGGCAGGGACAUUUCCAGCUUUUGAAGGAGAUCAGUUCGAAUUACCUGAACAACAUGAUAUUCUAGUCCAUUAUUACCGCAUAGACUACAUAUUUAGAAGCAGCAGCGUCCUACUGGCAUAUUUUCUCCUACCUUUGUUAAAAUCAGAAGUACCAUGCAUGGGUGACCAAGAGUGUUACCCCAUACCAUUUGGAGUAUCAAUAGCAAGCUAUAUGUUAGAAAUAUCAUUACUAGUAGCAGGCUAUAAAUUUUAUACAAUAAAAAAACCAACUACUAACAUGUCUUCUGGAAUGGUAAAAUGUGUAAGACAUGCUUUAAAAAUGUGGUCAAAAGAACGUAAAACCAAUCCCAAAGAACAUUGGCUGGAUUAUUCCAAAGCUGAUUUUGGAGAACAAAUGGUAAGUGAUAUUAAAACUUACUUACGCAUUCUGUUGAUAAUGGUGACGAUACCGACGUUUUAUUCUAUGUACAAUCAAGUAAAUACUAAAUGGUUAUUUCAAGCUGCUAGAAUGGACGGUCGUAUUGGAUCGUAUACAAUUAUUCCUGAUCAUUUUCUUCUUUUAAACCCUACACUUGUCCUGGUUUUACUGCCAGUUACUAUGAACUUUAUAGAUCCGUACAUUUUAAGAUUUGGAAUGGACAGGUCGUUGCGAAGGAUGAUAUUUGGAGGUACGUCAUUGGCAAUUGCCUUUGCAAUAUCCGGAAUAAUUGAAUCGCGGAUCAAAAUAAAAAAUCCCGACUCCGUUCAACCGCCUGCUAACCAAGCUGAGAUGAGAUUUUAUAAUGGUUUGAAUUGCAGUUAUGUAAUGUAUGCAUCAGAUAUUUUUCCUCGCGGAAUUGUAAUGAGUCCGUUAAGUAUAUACACAGCAAAGCACAUACCAAUGCAUGGACAUAAAUCAUUUAACUUGUCAAGUAAUAGCCCUUGCGCUACGUUCAAGAACAAAACAGUAUUUAUUGAAGAACAAGCAUCAGUAUCAGUUUUCAUAAACACUGACGAAGUCAAAGGCGAGGUCGAGGUAUCAGCAUUCAUAGAACUCGAUAAAUCUGAAUCGGGUCUUCCACAUCUAACUGUGUUAGGUGCCGAACCGGGCGAUCAGAUAUUAGUUAAGGAUUCAAACGCUGUAAAGAUCAAAGUGCUUACGAGAUCGAUGCAUACAGGCGACAUAUACACCGCAAACAGCCGUCCGAGGGUAGUGGAAGUCACCCCCGACGAAUACUCUCUAGUGCGAAAGGGUGGCAGGAUACUGACCCAAUUCGAUAUGCAUUUAGGCGGUGCAUAUGCUGCGAUACUUUACGGAGACUCGGCCACGUUCUACGAGAUUCGUGAACCCAACUCCGUACACAUAUUAUGGCUACUGCCUCAGGCUAUCAUUUACAGCAUCGGGGAGAUUUACUUCAUGAUCGCCUGGCAGGAUUUCAAGUACACCCAAGCGCCUGCCACACUCAAAUCGGUUGUGUGCGCCACAGCGGAAUUCUGCGAAGGAAUCGGCGACGCUAUAGUGGUCAUAGUCACUUUUUGCGCCACUUUCGAUCAGGACCACGAAUUUUUUCUAUUUUCUGGGUUACUGAUAAUUGAUAUGAUAUUGCUGGUUAUAAUAGGAAUUCAUUUUAAACCUCAAGAUCCUACUAUCAAAUUGAUUUGA